AUGUCAUUUGCGGGGAUCGGCGCUUAUAAGACGGCCCACCUGCCCCCCUCCCAGCUCUCAGUCUUCACCAACAUCAUGGCUGUCCAGUCUCUGCGCGAGAUCUCCACGUAUAACUUGCGCAUUUUCAAACGCAACUAUGUCUCUGAAAUCUCUGGCUCUCUAGGCGACUUGGGCACCUUUUUGCCCAUCGCUAUCGCGCUGGCCCUCAAUGGCACGGUAUCGCUGGCCAGCACCCUGAUCUUCUCAGGGGUCUACAAUAUCCUGACGGGUCUCUUGUUUGGUGUCCCAUUGCCUGUGCAGCCCAUGAAGGCCAUUGCUGCGGUCGCUAUUGCCCGCAACUUCUCCAACGGAACGAUCGCUGCCGCGGGGAUCUUCGUCGGCGCCUGCAUUCUGGUUUUUAGUGUGACAGGCCUUUUGCGCUGGUUCGCUCAUGUGAUCCCCAUCCCCGUCAUCAAGGGUAUCCAGGUGGGCGCUGGUCUGUCUUUGAUCAUCGCUGCCUGCAGCCGCAUGCUCGCGCCCCUGGGCUGGAUGCGUCCGUCCUGGGCAGACAACCGGAUCUGGGCGCUCGCAGCCUUUAUCGCGCUUCUGAUCACCAGUAUCUACCGCCGGGUGCCCUACGCACUGGCCGUGUUGGUCUUGGGUCUGGUCUUUGCCAUCAUUCGAACCGCCCUGGCUGGCCACAUGCCAGGCUUUGCCGUGUGGCAUCCAUUUGUGGUUGUGCCCAAGCCCCAUCAAUGGCGCGUCGGUGCUAUAGAUGCGGGCAUUGGCCAGCUUCCACUGACAACCCUCAACUCGAUCGUCGCUGUGGUCCACCUGGCAAGCGACCUGCUGCCCAAUGUGCGCGCCCCGUCCGUCACCCACAUCGGGCUUAGUGUCGCCGCGAUGAAUAUCCUCGGCUGCUGGUUCGGGGCGAUGCCCGUCUGCCAUGGGUCUGGUGGUCUUGCUGCGCAGUACCGCUUUGGAGCCCGCUCUGGCGCGAGUGUGAUUUUCCUCGGUCUGCUCAAGCUUGUCAUCGGGUUUUUGUUUGGCGAGACCUUGGUCGACCUCUUGCAGCGCUUCUCUGCCGCAUUCCUGGGUGUGAUGGUUAUUGCGGCUGGCCUGGAACUCGUCAGUGUUGGCGAGAGCCUCAAUACCUCUGGUGCUCGAGACCUCGGUGAAGCGGGCAGCGGUCUGUUGGCAAACCCGGAGCAGCAUCUCGGUCCGGUGCUCACGGACGCAGAGCGUAGUCGUCGCUGGACUACUAUGAUGGUCACUGUGGGCAUGCUGGUCGGGUUCAAAAACGAUGCCAUUGGGUUUGUUGCCGGUAUGCUAUGCCACUGGUCGUAUGAGAUCCCAGGCUGGUGGGAGAAGGGUCGCAGCCGCUGGUCAGAGGGACGACUCCACUUGUGA